AUGCUUAUUUCAUCAUCAUCAUCAUCAUCAUCAUCAGCUAUGAGCCAUGAAGAUUUAGCAUCUCAACUUAGUGUCAAGGCCUCAUUUGUGAAUCUAAUAAGCUUCCAACAUCGCGCGCGUUGGUGUCUAUCCAAAUCCAGGGACUGUAUGGGAAUUUCACAACAUUCUCAUGGAACCAUCCUUUGCAGUGUUUGUAAACGUGACUGUUACGUUGCGUAUAUCAACUGUAGCUGCUAUUUACACCCCGUCUGCCUUCGCCAUGAGUUUAAGCCGCUUGAGUUGGCUUGUGGAACGACCUUUACACUCUCUGUAAGGGACGAAGUAUUGGAAAUGGAGAAAGUUUCGAGAAUGUUGGAAGAGGAUAAACAUAUUGUAAAUGAAGCUGAACUUCAAUUCAAAUACGCAAGUGACAAACUUUUGCUAUCUAAAUUGUAUCAAAUAACUGAAGACGAAUCAUACAUUCCAUAUUGCAAGAUUGAUUUUGUUCCUCAACCCCCAAGAGAAAAUUUACACGCGGAUAAUAAUACGAAAAGCGCGUGUCAUUACAGUGACAGCAGCGACUCUGACUCGGAGAUAUAUAGAUUCAAACGCCGGUCAUCUCUAAAGCCCAAACAGAGACCAAUGAAUUUUGCAUCUUCAAAAUCAGAACAUCAGGGGUUAAAGCGGUUGAAGAAGGCAGAGCCUGAAAGAUUGAAUGUGAUCUCCAUCAAGUACAAGAAAACGGGAGAUGAAGAAAGUAGUGUGAGUGUGGGUAAGCGGAGAGAUGAGAAAAGGGUGUUGGAGAGUUGUCCGAAGCGAAUCAAAUCAGUUUUAGGUUUUAUAUGGGGGGAGCAGAAUGCCGCUUCUAAUUGGGCUGGAUUUGCACUUCUUUUUAGCUACUGUUAG